AUGUUCAGAUUAGCCGCUAGACAAACCCCAAAGAGAAUGUUCUCCACUUCCAGAGUGGCCGCUUCCGGUGCUCACGGCGAUGUUGGUCCAUACUCCAACCUUCCCUUCAAGGUCAAGAACAGAAGAGUUCCAUAUGCCGUUCCACACUUUUUGUUUUUUGCCAUUGGAAUGGGUAUUCCAUUCUUCGCCUGCUAUGUGCAGUUGAAGAGAUCUGGAUCGAUCUAA